UGUCCCAUUCGUGUGCUCCGGUAUCCCUGAUUGAACCUGUGUGUACCGACCUUCAUCCGUUCUCCGACCAACCUUGCUUUGGAACAGCUGGCGAAUGCGUACCCGGCCACUGGCUGGGAAUCAAACCCAUGCUGUCUGAAGAAAAGGUUUACAAAAAAAAAGGAGCCACAAAACACCUACUUUUUGUAAAAGGGAAUAAUAUAGUACCAAAGCAAUGUUCCAGUGCUGGAAGAAGGGGCACUUGCUCGAAGGAGCAGAAACCGUUAGAGCGAAGGAAGGGGCAAAAAGUGUCGUCCGUCAUGCCUCGGCUGCUGGGUUUCUUCAUUGCGCUGCUGUGUAUUUGCAGCGCCAACAAAUGGAAGAAGAAUUUCAAAUGUCCUUCAGGAUGUUCGUGCACAAAGGAGACAAUCAUGUGUGUGGGCACCUCGCACAUUCCGCGCACCGUGCCGAGUGACAUCAACUCACUGAGCAUCGUAAACGGCUCCAUUGCAGAGAUCCCAGAGGGAAUGUUUUCGCUCAUGCCUUCUCUGCACCUCCUUCUUUUAAAUGCAAACUCGUUGACGACAAUUAAAGAUGAUGCUUUCUACGGUCUUCCACAUUUGGAAUAUUUGUUCAUUGAAGGGAAUAAGAUUGAAACGAUUGCCAAAAAGGCCUUCCGUGGUCUGCGAGAUCUAACUCACUUAUCCCUUGCCAAUAACAAGAUGAGGUUCCUGCCAAGAGAUCUGUUUUUUGACUUGGAUUCAUUGCUGGAACUAGAUCUGCGAGGUAAUGCUUUCCAGUGCAGCUGUGAGAACAAGUGGCUGAUGACGUGGCUGAAAAAUACAAAUGCCACUGUGUCAGACGUCUUCUGUGCAGGCCCAAGUGACAUGAAGGGCAAGCUUCUCAGUGACCUUCCCAUCGCAGCAGGCCAGUGCAUGUCUACAGACUUUGUGGUUCACCAGUCCAUUCCUAUUCAGUCAAUCUCUGCAAACAUUUUCUCCUUUAAGGAAGACAUCUAUCUGGCCUUGGCUGCACCCAACUCUAACAGCUGUGUGGUCAUGGAAUGGGAUCAUAUCGAAAUGAAUUUCAGAAAAUUUGACAGCAUAACAGGCAAGUCUAUCGUCGGGUGCACGUCAGUUCUGCUGGACAAACAUGUCUUGGUCAUCGUCACACAGCUCUUCGGGGGUUCCCACAUUUACAAGUUUGACACUCAGCAGAACAAGUUCACCAAUUUUCAAUCCAUUGAGGUCCUCAACAUCUCCAAACCAAACGACAUUGAGGUUUUCCGCAUGGAUGGCGAGUGGUAUUUUGUGAUAGUAGAUAGCUCCAAAGCGGGCUUGUCUACUCUUUACAAGUGGAGCGACCAACCAGACCUGAACCAAACUGGGUUCUAUAUCUAUCAGUUCCUCCAUGAAUGGUUCCGCGAUACGGAUGCUGAGUAUGUUGAAAUGGACGGGAAGUCCUACCUCAUUUUAGCAAGCCGCUCUCAACCGCCCGUCAUCUACUUGUGGAACAAAAGCACCUUAAAGUUCAUGCUUUACAGUGAAUUCCCUAAUGCUGAGGAUGUGGUGGCAGUCAAAGCUUUCAGAAUUGAAAAGGAAUUAUAUUUGGCCAUGACCUGCUACAUUGGUGACUCUAAAAUCCUCAAGUGGACCACUAAGCAGUUCACAGAGAUGCAAGCUCUUCCUUCUCGCGGGGCUAUGGUCCUCCAGCCAUUCUUCUUCAUGGACAGACACUACCUCGCGCUAGGCAGUGAUUACUCCUUUACACAAAUUUACCUCUGGGACACAGAGAACAAAACCUUCCACAAGUUCAAGGACAUUUAUGUGCAGUCGCCACGGUCCUUUACUGCAGUCACCACUGACCGCAGGAAUUUCAUCUUCUCCUCCAGCUUUAAGGGUAAAUCAAUGCUUUUUGAGCAUAUUGUGGUAGAUUUAAGCUUAUAGGACAAAAUACCCACAUUGUGUCUCAAUCCAAUAGUAAAUGUGAGAACUCAAAAAACCUUUUCCUUUGGUUUGCUCAAGAAUUCCACAACAAGAAACUAAACUUCUAAAUGUUUCUGCCGAGCUUGUUGGCUCCUUGCAUCAGUGUACGAAUGUCAAUGCAAGAUAAUGAGUUGCUCUGGAUCUAUAGACUCUAUGACUCUGCUCAUUGUACAGUAAUAUCUAUCAAAGUCGGCUUUUACUGUCACUCUAUUAUGCACAGCAUAGCCAAGAAUGAAAGACACUGAAAUGACAGUUUUGCACAUUAAAAUAUUUAUAAACUGUCAUGCAUCAACAUACUUUACUGGUAUGGAUUCGUCAUGUAAUGCUGGUGACUUGGUGUGCAUGAUGUUUAUGUUUUCUUGCACUCUCUCAGAGCACCAGAAUACAUGACUUCAUUAUCAACCAUGUAAAGAUCAAUUCACAACAUACUGCAUAUUGACGUAUGCAAAAUGCAAAACACAAGUCCAUGCUGCUAUUGAAAUGCUUCUUGUGGUCCCUUUUUUGCAUUUUUUCUUUAGUCACAGACGGCAGUACUGUUACGUGGUUCACUUGAGACAACUUCAUCUUACAUGACCAAUAAAAAUGUGUGUCCUUCAUAAUUAUCUGUAUCUGUUCAAUGUAUGAACAUUGUUAACGGCAUGCAUUUAUUUAUUGAAAAUAUUAAUAAAAUCCU